GUCAAAAUGAAUGGACUGAGCACAGAGGAAGACUCGGGUUCACAACAUGACCAGGUGUGUGCUUGGUUUGAUGCAAGCUAGCGAUGCACCCAGACUACGUGUGAAUGCGCUUACACCAAACUGAUACAGAAACUGUGCUCAGAGGAAAAUGCUAGAGUGAUUAUUUUGCCUUUCAUGCAGUCAAGUCAUAACUACAUAUGCGAGUACCACAAAGGGGUCAUUCAGAGUGUCCGGGUGAAACGAAAAAGACGAGACUCCGAGGAUGACUCAGGGGAGUUUGAUGGGGAUCACCCAGAAGUGGAGCUUUACAACUUGCAGGUUAACACAUUGAGAAGAUAUAAAAGACAUUACAAAAUUCCCACAAGACCAGGACUCAAUAAGGCACAGCUAGUUGAUAUCCUAAUGAAGCAUUUUAGAACGGUCCCAGUGGCAGAGAAAGACUGCCUCACCUACUUCAUCUACAUGAUUAAGACCAAUCGAUCAAAAUUUGACCAGAGGAAUGGGUCCAGUAUCGACAUGUGACCUCAGGCUUCAAAGGAUCUUCUCUAAAUGUUUAUGCUUUAUACUCAUUGAAUGCAGACUUCAGUGUUUUGUGAGUGGUUGUGUUUGUGGGUGUGAUAAGGAUUUUGUGUUGAUAGUUGAAGAAGCAUUUUAUUUGAAUGUGAAGUUCUCCAUUACCUUUACAAAUAACAUUAUAUGAUGAUGGCUAGAAGCAACAUUUAUUAUAGGCAUGAAAGUACAGCUGUUUGUUGUUGAUUGAAUGGAUUUCAAAAUGGCCAAUGAAUGCAUUUGUUUAUUUUCUUGUGACUUAAUCACUCAUUGAGAGGAAUAGUUAAGAUGAAAUUCCUUGUAGUAAGAUAACCGGUUCAAGAAUUUGAUUACCAAAUCUCUAUUAGAGUGAGAAUUUUGUAAUUGAAACAUUGAUUGGUUUAUUUAACCCUAUGGAAUUUAGUUCCUCUUCUACCUCUUUUAACAGUGGUAAUUGCUUGUUUUCAUUUUACUUGCAUUCGUAUGUCAGCAUAAGCAGUAAUAUGUUUAUAUACUGUGCAUUCCUUUGCAAGUGUUUUUAUCCUCUUCAUAAACUUCUACUGCAUGAAUUUGCCCUUUCAUUUUGUGAUUGAAGAUACCAAAUACCGACUGACUGAACAAAAAUGACAACUUUCAGACAUUUUUAGUAAUUCUAAGGUAUUGUAAACUUUCUGAAACUUGGUUACCAUUUCAUGUGCUACAAGUUGCUUUAAAUGUCAAAGCUUGUAAGAGGAUUUAGAAAACUGAAUUUCUGCAUUUCUCUUGCUGUUGCUGGUUAUCUUUACUUGCAUAUGCUUGUAAUGUGUUUCAAUAUGGUGUGAAUGCAGAAUGCUGAAUCAGUUAGAGUGAAACUCAUUCACUGGAUAGAUCAGUGAAAGAAGAGUUCAGCUUGGGAUCAGUGACAUUCCAAAAGUACUUCUACCUUUUUGUACCAAACUGGACACUGCGUUGAUGGAUUCUGCAGUUGUUGAAGUAGCAGAUUAGACAUUCAAAUGUAUAGGGGUUAUUCAUACUUGUGAGCUUCUGUAUAUUGGUUUGUAUAUAUUGAUAUAUACAAAACAUAGAGAUCUCUUAUAGAGAUUGUGUUUGUGUAUAAACAUUUUAUGUAAAUAAUGGAAGACUGGAUUUACUGUUGUAAGUAAAAGAUUUAAAGGAAAUCUGUGUGCACAAAAAAUUUUAUAUGAUGCAAUAUAUAUAUUUUUUUUAUGGCUGUGUGGUUCUCUUUGAAGGAAGAUAGGAUUUAAGGGAGGGAAGAACUAUGUAAAUUAUGGCUGACUUGUUACAAGACAAAGUUAAUUGGUUCUAACUGUUUCCUCAGUAGGUGUGGGGCGGAUGGGAAAUGAAGUUUACGAAAAUGAAUAUGCAUUUAUUUUUGUUUUAGUAAAUUAAUUUAUAACGACAGGUCAUACCUAGGGUGUUGAAGGUGGGAGUCAUGAACGUUAUAUGAUUAGAAGAUGUUCUUAAAUGAUUUGCGGGCAAUUGCAAAAAAAAA